CAAACAUUCCAAGCACACAACAUACAUACAUAUAUAUACCAUACAAAUAUAUAAAAAAUAUAAAAAAAACCACACAAUACAGAGGAAAAGACUAGCCAAGAAGCACUACACUAUAUACCCAUAAUUUGUGUCCACAAUGAAGCGCAUGCACGUAGACAGCUCCGCCCCAAAGUAUCAAAGUGGCAAAUGGUCCUGGGAUGAGAAGGCCGAUGGAUUGCAUUUUCAGGGACAUUUCGAUUUGGAGCACGCCAACGAACGUUAUAUUGAGACAAAUGGAUAUAAAUUUCUUCGGACCAUCAAUCAGGAGGAGGAGCUGAUCUUUCGCCAGGUAUUUGUACGCCCCGAUACCACAUACGAUGCGGACACUGUGGUCAUCAACGAUGUCCGUGAUCUGGUGCUGUUCCUAAUGCCAAAAGAGUUUUUGUCGCCGAAACUUAUUGAAUUUAUGCACAAGCCAGCUGUGCAUAGACUGAUCCAUGCUCUAAUUAUCUAUUUUGAGUAUUUUCUGCGCAUGGUGGAGUUCAUUCUGAUCCGCAGGGACGAGCUGGACGGCAACCUGGCGAAGAUCCAAAGUGAGCAGACGAAUGAAAUGAAGCGAAUAUUCUCAUUGUACUUGAGUCAAUAUCGCAUGUUGGUCGCUAGAAAUUAUUGCAUUAUCAUAAUGGGCGAGUCCGAUUUGAAAAAGUUUUACCAUACAAAACAGAUAGUCAAUAUUUCGUCCAAGAUCAAGGAUCGAAUCUUUCACGAACACUUUUUGGCUAUCUGCAUUCAGAUCGUGUGGAUCACCAUGCAUAGACGGGCAUAUUUCAUAAUCGAAAUGGAAAUGAAUCGACUCUUUCGCUCGGAGCACUUUUUAAUGAACCGUCCGGAGUAUCUAAAAUUCUCAACCGUCGAACGAUCUCUGCUCUAUGGACGUAAUAUGAAGAUUGUCAACUAUCGCAGCCAGAACUCGCCAAUGAUUCAGGAACUAAAGAGUGUAGCUGUCGAGGAUAUGCCCAUACUUUGGAUUGGUGGGCGCAAAUAUCGUGGCAGCAAUCCACGUAUAGCCGAACUCGAACUGGAAUAUAUAGUGCCCGAGCGGCAAUUGCGUAUGAUCGAUGUGGUGCACGGCAUUCUUGGAAAUCCAAAAAUCCUAUACGAUACGAUACUCACGCUGGACUGGCCAUCGGUGCGCUAUGCCAACUACUCAAAACAGUAUGAUCCAUACGGUAUUAUACGCCAGCCAAAUCUGCCCAUACCCAAAAUCAAUGAGAUGCAGGUGCGCCAAUUGUCCAAGAACUUCGAACAGUACUACAAGGUAUUUUGUAUCUACGAUCCGUGUACCCAAGAAACGCUAGCCAACUGGUUCAAUCGUGACAAGAUCGUUGAAUACUAUCGCUCCGGUGGCGUUCUCUACAAUCUGUUCAUGCGCUGCGAGAGGCAGUUCGUCCUCGAAAUGAAGCGGCCAUCGGUACCGUCGAUUGUUGCCAAUUACUUCCGCGUCGUGACAAGAUUGCGUAAGAAGAAGCCUGUGAAAUUCGACACGGGCACAGAAGGACAAUGCAACACAGUACAGUAUAAAAAGGAGGGCAAGGAAUAUUAUUUCGAUUGAAAGUUCAACGAGAAGUCUAAAUUAAUUUCAAGUUUGAAUUCGAUUCGAAAUAUCGAGUUCGCAAACAAUAAAG